AUGUCUCAAAGUAGUAAACAAAAAUCCAAAGUGCUUGUACCACCUGUUGAAAGACAAGAAUCAAUGAGUUCUUCAACAUCCGAAUCAUACGAAACAAACAUACCUAGUGAAGAAAAUCCUAAAAGCACUGAAGGCACCAGGGGGUAUAUCAGUUCUGAAAAUACUGAAGGUACUGGAAAUGCUGGUGGUCCUGGAGGACGAGGUAUAUCACCUGUUUGGUUGUUUUUUGAACGAGGAAAAUCUAGUUCAGCUGGACAUUAUUCAGCAAAAUGUUCGUAUUGUGCAUCUAAAUGGGCAAGAGGUGAGCCACAGAAACUUGAGGCUCAUCUUGCACUUGAAUGUGCUUAUGUAGAUGAUGAAGUUCGGCAAAUAUAUUUACUUCGUGUAUCUAACCGUGAUCAGUCAAACGAAGCAGAAUCUGAUAUUCAAACAGUUUUAAAAAAACAAAAAAUAAACAAGCAGUCUAGUAUUUCAAAGUUUUUUCCACAAUCAGGAGGUGGUUUAUCUGAAGCACGAAUAAAUGCUAUAAAUAGCUCAUU